GUUUACUAAGAAACAAGAUGGCUGAUUCAUAACAAUAUCCCGAAAUUUAAGAUCAAGGUUUUCUGCCAAAGAACAAAGCACCUUGAUUUCGAAACAUUUAUUCAAAUUUAUGGUGUUCCUUUACUAUCUGAAACUUCAUAAAAUACACUCCUGCUCAUGUAUGUGACAAAAUGGAAGAAGCAGGUUCUGAAAAUUUAAACCCAGAAGAAAUUCGUAAACGUCGUCUGGCUUAUUUUCAGUCAAUAACAGAUAAGGAUAAACCAACAGUAGCUAAAGUAGAAUCUACUCCUGCACAAGGUCAUACACCACAAAAUCAAAUACAAUCUACUCCUGCACAAGGUCAUACACCACAAAAUCAAGUACAAUCUACUACUGCACAAGGUCAUACACCACAAAACCAAGUAGAAUCUGCAGAGAAAAACAUAAACAAGGAACAAGUUCAGAUUAUCUCACAAAACAGACACAAAGCAGAAAAUUGUAGAACUGAUGAUGGGGAUGUUCCAAAGCUACAGCUUAGUCAUGAAUCUAAUGGCCAAGUUGGAGAUGGGUAUGAUGAGACCGUGGAACGGUUGAUUCAGCUCACAAAAAAGGAAAUGGCAGAGAAAUAUACCAACAGAAAGGACAGUCCGAAAGGGGAUUUAACUCCCAAACAAACAGAAACAAUUCAUGCAAAAGUUAGUAAUUCAGGAUGGAGUCCUAGUCAGUUAAGCAGCAGGGAAGAAUAUAGAAAUCCUAGUAAACAAAAUAAACCAUCUCAAAAUUUUAGACAUUUCCAACCACAACCUGCAAAUGACUUACAUGUUGAAGAAAUAUUUAGUGAAAGGAACAAUUCAUUUCGUCCAAAAUAUAAUCCAACAAUGGGUACUUCUCUUAGGGAAUCACAUGAAAAUGGUGCACAUAUAUUUCAAAAGUCUGUAGAUGUAAACCAAGUAGAAGAGCUUGGACUCUCAACUCAUCGACCUGAGGAUGUUCAGAAAAGUAAAGAUUUACAUGAAAGGUCUCCAAGAGCUUUAAAUGAAUCAAUGUCAGAGGAGUUGAAGUAUGCUCUUGGUGAGAAAAAAUACAAAGAAUUUUUGGAAAAAUCUAUGAAAGACAUAGAUGCUCUAUAUGGAGAUAAUAUAAAAUCUAAAACCAAGGGCGGUAAAUUUGAAAAGGGGGGAACAAAAGAUAUAAAUGUACGACGAGAUCAAUAUGAUAAAGUAACUAAUUCAUUAAUGGGACUUCAGAUAAAUGAAACUGUACUUACAUCACAAAAUGACUCAAGUAAGAGUACAGACAGACUACUUAAUCGUCCUAAAAAUGAACCGGUCACCAUUUACCAGGGUAAGCGAGGAUUUGAAAAGGACGAAGGUGUAGGACAAAAUAUGAGUAGAAGCAAAAGCAUUGAUGAGUCACAAAGCGUUUCAAGUAAAAAUUUUGCAUUUUCAGCAGAUGAAAUUUAUAGCCAGGCUUAUCAGCCGAACGCGAUACAAUCUGUACCAGUAACUGUAAGUGGAGGAUUUGGCCAUGGUCAUCCUGUUCAACAACAGCAAUUUUCUGGAAUGUCAGGAGUUGGACACAGCCAUUCAAUACCUCAUGGGUUUCAGCCACAUCCAGGUUUAUACCAAAGUCAUUCUUAUGAUGGAUCCAUGAUGCAGAGUCCUCAUGGUCAUUAUCCACAGGAACAUUUUAUGUCUGAGAGUCCUCCAGGAUAUUUUGUUCAACAUCCAUAUGGAUCCCCAGAAUCUUAUCCACAUGGACAUCAGCCAAUGAGAACAUCAAGAAUGAUGUCACACUCCCCAAACCAGAAGGGUGAUAACCAGAUGCCACCUUAUUCCAUGAUGUCACAUUAUCCACAUCCACAUUAUGAUGAUAGCCCAGGUCGUCAGAUUUCAGCACGUAAUAUACAUUCAAUGGAUCCACAAGAAAUUUAUAGAUUUCAACACCAACAUCCACAGAUGUUUCCACAUCCACCAGAGGAAUAUCAAUUUGACCCAGAAAUGAAGCCUCAUCCACCCUCAGUAAAAAUGAGUCAGAGUUCUCCUUACUUUCAUCCAUCAAUGAAUAGAGUUCAGCAUCCACAAGAUUCUCCUCCAAGUUCCCGGCCAGGUCCACAUGGACCUUCACAAAGUACACGACUUGGUCCACAUGGUGAUAUGUCAGCUUUCCAGGAUUAUCUCCACAUGAUGCCAAAGGGUAUUCCCUAUCCACCCCCACCAAGUGACAUUGAACUACAGACCUACUUUCAGUAUGUAGGCAGUCAAGGAUAUCCUAUACCAUACCAGACAGUCAUGCCACCAGACUCACCAAGAGAUGAUCAAGGUAUGAUGGUUCCUCAUCCUCCUGCAGAGAAAAAGGAGACAAAGCCAGGUUCUAGUCACUUCAGGAGAAGAGAUAUGGACAGUAGCCGUAAUAAAUCUGUCCAUGAGGGUAGUCGUGAUUGGCAGCAGCAUGAAGGUAGUCCACAAAAAGAUGACAUGAAAAAAUCCAUUGAUGAUAGAUCAGAUGAACUAAGUAGUUCACAAAGACAUAUAGAGGGCAUUAGACAAUUUCAUGAACAAAGGAGGCAACAGCAAGAAAAUGAGAUGUUGGAAAAACAAAGAACUUUUGCCAAGGAAUCCAUUGAUAGGUACUUCACUUCACUUGAGCACCAUUCUAGUAAACAGCAGGGUCAAGACUUCACUGAUAAACCCAUGGAAAUAUUACGGGAAAGUUUGACAGAUGUACAGACAUUAGUUAAUUCUGAAGCUACUGGGGUUACAUUAAACGCAGGUGGAAUUACUGAAAGGAUGGAUGAAUUAGGAAUAGAUCUGUCAUACUUAAAACAAAAAGAUCAGGAAAAUUCAGAAAAUACAUACAAAAAUAAGGGAGAUAAUCCCAAAACUAGGACUGUUAUUGUUUGUCCAGAAUGUGGAGAAGUAAACAAACCUUACAUGACUUGGUGCUCAGAAUGUAGUGAAGUACUCAUAGGUGUAGAACCAGUCAAAGUCAAACCAAAAAGAAAAGGUGGGCGUGGGAAGAAAUCUGGUGAAAACAGUGAUAAAAAUUAUGUUCUUUAUAAAAGUGUUACCUUUGAUGAACCUAAAAAUUCUGAAUUAGAUCAAAAUAUAAGUGAUAAUGAACAGGAAGUGAAAGAAGUAGAACCAUCUCAUUCAAAAUUAUCUCCAAGUAAAUCAGAGGGCAGAGAUAGUGGAAGGCCAUCUAGCGACGAUUUAGAUUUAACUAGAACAGAAAAUGAAAUUGAUGAAAUUUGCCAAAGUUUAAGUGAUCCAGUAAUCAAAGGAUUCAUAAAAGCUUAUUUUAAUAAAAAGAGGCAGGAAGUGACAAAGAAAAAUGAUGAUGAAGGAAUUAUAGAUUCAGAGAACAGACAUCAUUCUGAAGAAAGAAGUACCAAAAGAACUUCAAGUACUGACAAAAUUAAUAGUGAAGACGAAAAAGUUAUGGAAGAAAAUCUAAAUGAGAGGCAUCAAUUUCGCCAUGUUGCCAAUGAUGAAUUCAGUGAAAUCCAGUCGAAUAAGGAAGUUAGCAAUGGAUUUCAUAGUAAUGAUAUACAUGUAGAUCACAGCAAACAAAUAGAAAAUAAUUAUUUUCAUCCCAUUGAAAGUAAGCAAAAUCCAGACUGGUCUCAUAAAGAUCAUCAUCUACAUAAUGAAGAGGUUUGGUUACACGAACAAAAGUCUCCUAGAUAUGAUGCCCCAAUGGGAAGAAAACACAUGCCAAUAGAUAUAGAAGUUUUCACUUUAGAAGAAAGCCGCCAGGGUAAAAUAACUCAAAGAGACCCACUUGUUCCUUCAUUAAAUCUUGCAAACAGUAGUGAUGAGGAUGAAAAUGGUAUUAAAAUUGAGAAGAAACCAUUUGUUCCACUUAGCAUGUCAGCAGAGAGUGAAGACUGGAAUGAAUUUUUCACUAAUGGCAAUGAUUUUGAAAUUCCACAAGAAGAACCAAUACUUGAAAGUCCUAACACAGCUGAUAGUGAAUCAAAACCAUUUUUGGAACGAUUACUUGAACAUCAGCCAAAAAUGUCAAAAAAACCUCCAAGUUCAAGUUCAAAGACUCGUAAAUCAAAUCCUAAUGUUAAAAGUGUUGUAAAGGAAUCUAUAGAUGCUCCAUUUAGGCAAAGAAAAUGGGCAAAGUCUAGUACUGCUUGGAAUUCAUAUAACCCUAGGGAGUUGAGCACAAAGCCAAGUGUCAACAAAACUAGACCUAUUAGUGCAGGCAAUAAAAGACCAACAAGUGGUGGAAUACACCCUGCCGCAAAUGCUUCAGCAUCAAACAGUGGUAUUCCUAGAAGAUCUGGAAGUAUUCCAAACCUAUCUUUACAAAGUAUUGAAGAUGUGACUCCUGGAAGGAAGAAAGUAUCAAAAUUCAGUCGUCCUGUUAUUGCUGAUCUGUCUUCAACAAGGUCAGAGGAAUCAAGAGAGGAUGUUACUCCAGAUCUUCCUGUCAGAAGGACAGAAGUGGCUAGUCAAGAUUUUGCAGUCAGGAGAAAUGAGGUCCCCACUUCACAGUAUGUGAUUAAGAAAAAAGAGGCCCCUAGUACUUCAUCUAAAGUAGAAACCAAAAACAAAGACAGUCCUAAGUCACUACCAUAUGUAAUAGAUCAUCGACUACCUGCUGAAGAAAUAGAACCAGUGAAAGAUAUAGGCAAACUUCAGAGUGCUUACUCAAUGUACCAGGAAAUGACACCAAGAAUACAACAAGGGAAGUUUUCAGCAUGGCUGUGUCUUCCUGAUGAGAUCAUGUUACAGAUUUUUUCCUUCUUGUCUCAUGCAGAUUUAGUAGAAGCAGCUUUGACAUGUAAACAAUACUACAGAGUAGCUUUAGAUGAAACUUUAUGGAGAUACAUAACAGUUAAGAAAAAACAUGAUAUGGAUGACGAAACAUUAGCAGAUAUAGGUCAUCGGCAUCCUGUCAGUCUGGCAUUAAUACAAUGUCAUGGUGAUAAUAUUACAGCCAAAGGUCUUAGAGAAUUGUUUAGGGAAUGUUGUGAAACUCUAAGGGAAUUAAAUUUAUGUGGCUGCAGUAGAGGUGCUUUAACAGGUGACUGUAUUUUAUUGCAUGCCUCAGCAAGGUGUCAUAAUUUGACACAUGUUGAUGCUAGUUGGUGCAUGGUAACAGAUAGUGGUAUUGGUGCUAUUUCUAGCUCUUGUAAAAGACUUGAAAGUUUAUGCAUAAAUGGUUGUCAAAACAUAACUGAUGAAGGCUUAGAAACAGUACUCAAGAAACAUGGUUCAAGUUUACGAGUAUUGGAAAUGUUUGGAUGUUUCAAGAUUACACCAAAAGGAAUUAGAUACUUAGCAACACAUUGUAUAAACCUUCUGACAUUGAAUCUUGGCCAGUGUUACAAGUUAAAAGAUUCAUGCAUUUCACAGCUAUCAACCAGUCUUGGAAGAAUUGAGUGUUUAGAUCUGAGAGGGGUUAAACAUAUAAAGGACAACUGUAUUAGAUAUGUUGUGAAAAAUUGUCCAAGAUUGAAGACCAUAGUUAUGGCCAACUGUCCGAAUAUUAGUGAUGUAGCUUUACUAGAGAUCUCAACAUAUCUUAAUGAUAUCAGGGUAAUAGAUGUUUGUGGCUGUAGGAAUAUUACAGAUAGCAGUAUUCGAGCUCUGUCCAACAACUGUCAGAACCUUCGGAACAUUGAUAUCAGUUCCACAGGAUGUACACAGCGUAGUGUUUCUAUGUUAGCCAAUUUCUGUAACCAGAGACUAGAGGAAGCCAAGCUGAACUUUCUAGCUGAUGUAACUGAUGCUGUAGUUAUCAAACUUGUUAAACACUGUAAAAAGUUAAAACUUUUGCAUCUUUAUGGAUGUACUAGCAUAAAAGACAUAAAGAAAAUACAGGAACUAAACCAAGACUUGAAAGUUGAAAUGUAAGCUGAAAACAGGUUGAUGCUACAAUAGACUGUAUCAGUACAUGAUACUCCCUAAUAACACGAAGUCAUACAAAACCUUACCCAUUCUGAGUAGCAUUGGAACCAGGGUGUAUUUGCACAGAAAUUAUUGAAAUUUCUAAGGAUUCAAGAAAUUAAAUAUGAAUGUGUAUUUUGAUGUAUUGUUCAUCUUAAAAAACAAAAUGGUGUUCAUCAGAAAAUGAUGUGUGUUGUAAUUAAACAGAGUACUUUUAGUGUUAACCAUUGUAUUGAUUGAAUAUAAGUCAACAAAAUCAGAAAAAAAAUGUCAUAUUAACAUUGUUUAGAAAAAUAUUUAUUAAAAAAAUUAUGUACCAUUUUAGCCUUGUAUGGCCUAACAUCAUUUUUUUUUACAAAAAAAAUAUUUAUUUUCAAUUUUCAUUGCAAUAUAUACUUCUUUCUUCAAAUAACUUUUAUCAAAAUCCUAUUCUCAAUAGUUAGGUAAGCCAUCUUUGUCUUGUUUUGAAAAUAUAUGUGGCGUUCAAUUAAAUUUACAGAAAAGAUUUGAUAAGAAAUGGAAGUCUGUAGUUUUACACUUUUAAAGUUUCUUGUAGAAAAAUGAAAACUAGAUGUAGAAAUAGUUGUAAAUACAUAAUUUAUGGAACACUUGUGCAAUAGAUAUGUAAUAGUUUGCCGAAAACAUAAAUUAAGGCAUUUUCUAUAUAAUCAGUAUUGGCUCCACAUGUAUGCAAAUUCAUAUGAAAUAAGAUUAGUAUUAUUUUUAUACCUGUCAUUAUUUGAACAUUUGUAAAUUAUUUGUUAAUUUAUUAAUGACCAGAUCAUUUGCUCAAUUUGUAAGAAUGUCACACAUAUCAUAGUUAUUUAUAUGUUAGAAUGAAUUGCCUUUGAGCUUCUAUUGAGGUCUGUACACUUUAUACUUUUGCUUUUUGUAUGUGUUUAUAUUCUUUUUGUCAGUUUUUUUACACUUUAAUAUAAGUAUAUUUCUAUUCAAGUUAGUGUGAUAUGUCAUGAUGCAAUUUUUCUUAUAAAUUUUGACUGUUUCUCUUUUUCUUAUCAAUUUUGAUAAUUUCUCUUUUUUAUGCCACUGCGACAAAAUGAUGGGGUGCAUAUUUUUUUACCCCUGUCCUUCCAUUAGUCCAUUCAUCUCACAUACGGUAUAUCUUUUGUCUGGCUAACUCCUCCUACAGUUUUCAAACAAACACUUUUAUAUUAUGUAGGGUGUCAGCAUAUACACUAAAGGUGUGCAUAUUAUCAGGAUUUUGAUUUUCUUUAAAUUUAUUAAUCUCUCAAAAAGAGAGGUGAAAAAUACCAAAGGCACAUUCAAACUCAUAGGUAGAAAAUAAACUGACAAGUCCUUCAACAUCACUGUUACUAAAACCAGCGGGGGCAUCAUCUUUGUCUAGUUCUUAUGAAUUUUGGCAAUUCUCUUUUUCUUUUCAAAAUUGACAGUUUCUCAAUUUCUUAUCAAUUUUAAAAGUUUCUCCUACACAAUGAUGCAAAAUUCAAGUAUUAAUUCAAGAAUGAAGUCAGACAUGAAUUGUUUCAUAAGAAAAAUUUUUGUUUUGGAACUAUUUAAAACUAGAAUUAUGUAAGAUAUCAAAUUAAAUCUUUCCCUUUUUUAGCUCACCUGGCCCAAAGGGCCAGGUGAGCUUUUCUCAUCACUUGGUGUCCGUGGUCUGUUAACUUUUACAAAAAUCUUCUCCUCUGGAACUACUGGACCAAAUGUAACCAAACGUUUAACAAAACGUGGCCACAAUCAUCAUUGGGGUAUUUAGUUUAAAAAAUGUGUCCGAUGACCCGCACGCCAACCAAGAUGGCCGACCUGGCUAAAAAUAGAAUAGGGGUAAAAUGCAAGUUUUGUCUAUUAUUUUGAAAAUUGUUAUUAAUAGAGAAAAUCUGACUAGGGCAAAAAUGUUCAGAAUGUUGAGGUCUACCAAUUGUUCAUUGACGUCAAACUGUCAGGCGACUUUUAUAGGAGUUAUUGCCCUUUAAGUGACAAAUUUUAUCAUUUUUGCCUUUUAUCUUGAAAUUAACCUGAAUUGCUAGUACAAUACAUUGUGGUAUAUAUCUGUCAUUGAAAUUCAGUUAAGACAUUCAUCGUCUAUCGUAUUUGUGUUAAAGGAUUAAAAUAAUUGCACUUACACUGGUUGAGGUCAAUACGUAUGCAUGGUCGAAAACGUCAGUCCACUUCUUAUUAAAGUUCUUACCCUUUGAUGACGAUUUUUACCAAUUUUUUGCGUUUUUGCCUUAUAUCUUAAAAAAUAUAAUAGAUAGAUAGAAACUUAAAUAAGCAAAAAUGAUCUGCAAGACAAGGUCUAUAUUUCAGACAAUAUGAAGGAAAUUUUCUGACAACUCCUUAUUGGAUUUAUUGCCCAUUAAUGACAAUUUUACCAAUUUUUUGCUUUUUGCCUUAUUUGAUAAAAAUGAACAAAAAUGAUCAGCAAGGCAAGAUCCACAAACAAGUCAAAUUUUUCCAAUAUAGUUAGUAGACUGUAACUCUUCAUAGGAGUAAUUGCCCUUAAAUGAGGAUUUUUUUUUACCCUCUUAUCUGUUUUGAGCAAAAACUAAAGAAGAUAUAGAGAAACUAAACAGACAAAAUGAUCAGCAAUACAAGAUCAACAAAAAAGAAAUUUUUGUCAUGAAUUCUAUUCUUGUCAACAAUGUUGCAGAGUCCAUUGUUGAUUAUGCACAUAUACCUAGGUGAGUGACACAGGCUCUUUAGAGCUUCUAGUUUAUGUUUAUCAUACAAAAGAUUUUUCACUGUAAAAUUGCAGUUGUGUGAUUGUAUAUAUAGAUCAGUGAUAAAUAGGUUUUUGAUUUUUUUUGGUUAGAUAUUUCUUAUGGAACUGCUUAUAGAGAUUGUAAAUCUUUUCUAUCUUUGUCUUAUAAAUUCCCAAGUCAAACUGCCAAAGUCUAAUGUGAAUUGUUUUCCUUGAUUUUCUGUGAUUGUUGAACCUAUUUAUUUGUAAAUAUAUUGUUAAGUUUUGGAAAUGUUUAAAUUAUGUACACUGUAAUAACAAAUUGUAUGUCUUUUUUUUCAAUUGUAAUUACAAUGUAAAAAGAAACAUACAGAAAAAGGAGCAGAUGCAUGAAAUUUCUAAAAUGAUUAAAAGUUUAGAAUAGGUUUCAAAACUGUACAUCCUACUGAGAUAGGCAAUAAGUAGAGGUCUAUUUAGGAAAUGUAAAUUUCAAAAAUGUUCUUUAAGACAAAUUUUAGAAUUUUAUGAUAUGAGCAGCGUUAAAAAAGGAAUUUUUAGAGGAAUUUAAAACAACAGAAUGAGCUGCCGCAUUCAUAGUCUACUUCAUCAAUCUUUUAGUUUGCAAGUUUUGUCUUGUUGUUAAAAUAAAACCAAAUUCCAAAUUGAAAAAUUGUCUCAAUUUAAAUCUUGUUGAAAUGCAUAAAUUUCUUUAAAAUUAGAAAAUAGUUAGAAUAGAACAUUGAUAAGAUCCUGAAUAUAGAUUUAAAAUCAAUACUUUUAAAAACAACAUUUUGUCACUAUAAUGGCUUUAUUAGACUUGCAUCCAUUUACAAAACUUGACACCUUUACAAGUAUUAAACCUGCUUUUUAUAAAUAUAUACAUGUCCUUAAAAAUACCUCUAAAUCUAACAUUACUCAGAAUCAAUGCAAGAAUUUAUCAGAUUAAAUUGAGAAAUCAUAUGCACUAAAAUUGUAUAUAUUUAAAAUUAUAAUAUAAAUUUUAUGGAAUUUAGUUUUUAUUUUGGAUAAUGUAUAUGCCAAUAAUGAUGUUUGUUUUGAUAAUAUAUGAAAAGAGAUUAUUGCUUGAAUGCAGGAUUUUUUACAUCGUUAACAACACGUAAAUAAAUAAAGAAAGUCAAUUUAUCGAAACAUAUGUGUUGAUUUUAACAUUCAAAUACAAAUGUACUGCAAAUAUUUCAAGUGUAUAUUUUUUCAAUUAGGCAAUAUGGAACUAAGGGUAAUAGGACAUUUUGAGCCAAAAUAAUUUUCUUAUUGCUUAUGGUAUAUACAAUUUAGAAUCCACAAUUGUGAGAUCAUUUUUAUGCCUGCUGUCAGAUAUUUUGUAAAUAAACAGGGACAAAAAUUGUGCAACAGUCUUUCAAAUAGUUAAAAAUAAAAAUAUAUACAGCUGUUUUAAGAACAUUAAAAAUUACCAAAAAUUGUAUUAGAGUAAAAAUACAUAUUGUGUAUGCAUGCUGAAAAUCAUGUAUGAUUUUACCAUUGAUCUAUCUUGUAUCAUGAAUUAAACAGAAACAGAGCAUAGUUUAUCUAUAAAUUGAUUCCUUAGUAUGCUGUUGAUGUAUUGCACUCUAUUGUAACUCAUAUUGCAAUAUUUAGUUUAUUUAGUCAUUUCGUGAGUGCUUUUAUUUUUAUUAACCUGAUCUGAACUUUUGUAAACCUCUACAAGAAAGUGUUCAAUAAAUAUCAGAAAAGUA